AUGAAUGAUUUGAUCUCACUUCAGCAACAACAACAACAACAAGAUAUCAAUUUUGCUUCACCAAAUGAAUUAUUCAUGAAACUAAUCCCCAUUUUGAUUACAAUUUUUAAUACAAUUAUGAAGGUUGCAAAUGCAACUUUUCCAGAAUUAAAUAAAUUGAUUAUUGAGAUUAUAAAUGGUAUAAAUAAAUUAAAAAAUAAGAAUGCAGAUUUAAUUGCAAAUUUUAAUUCAAUGAAUGGAACAACUAUUGAAAAUACUGGUUCAAUUUCAAAUGCUGAUUUUUUUAAAAUUUUAUUUGAUAAUUUACCAUUGAUUAUUUCAAUCAUUAUGAAAAUUUUUAAUAUUGCUAGUGAUCAAGUUGGUGAAAUUGUAAAAGCUGUGAUUGAAGCUUUGAGUGGUGUAAAUGGUGCCAAUGGGAACAAUUUGAAUUUGAAUCUAAAUUUGGGCAAUUUAAAAACUGAAGAUUUUGUUAAUCAAACUAUAUAUCAUUUGAAAUAA